AUGCUAUGGAAAAGGCUCACGCCACCCUUGUCAUCAUUUGCUCGACAAGGCCUAUCGAAACCAAUUAGGCCUUGUGGACGCAUUCUGCAAUACACAGCCAAGAGGUACAACUCGAACCCUCAAAACACCGGCCAGUAUACUCCAGAUCCUACCGAUCAAAAUGACGAAGAGGAUCGGGGACGAGGCCGCAAAAAUGAUUCGGAUCCCAAUCUGAAAUCUACAAUCCUCAAGAUGCUUGAAACUGCGGCAACUACUGCAGCAUCUAUCUUCAUCCUAGGCGCGGCGGGUUAUUCAUACCACCGGUACUACAAGUACUUGAUCCUGGACAAAAUGGAUAAUGCCUUCAAUCCAGGAGAUCCCGCUCUCGAGGUGGCGGGUGUUGGGCCAGGCCAACAUGAGUAUUUCCAUGAAGAGCACUGGAUUUCUCGGGAUGAGCAACCUCGGAUUGAUGAUAUCGUUGCCGGAAAAAAAGCCGGCCACUACUAUUUGAUGGUCGGCGAAAAGGGUACUGGAAAGACAUCAAUGCUUCUUGAGGCCAUGCGCAAGAUCAAUGGCGCUGGCGUUGCUAUUUUUGAAGCACAUGCUGAUCUGGAGAUCUUCCGCGUUCGUCUGGGAAAGGCACUUGAUUAUGAAUUCCACGAGGACUACAUCGGCAGCUUGUUCAGUAUCCGCGGUCCGCGAGACACCACCGCCUUGCUAGAUAUCGAACGCGCCUUUAACAAGUUGGAAAAGGUCGCACUGACGAGGAGAGCGACAGACAAGCAGCCAUUGGUUUUGAUCAUCAAUAGCACUCACUUGGUUCGCGAUGAUCAUGAUGGACAGGAUUUGCUGGAGAUGAUCCAGCAGCGAGCUGAACAGUGGGCUGCAAGUGGCCUGGUCACCACAAUCCUCAACAGUGAUGACUAUUGGGUAUAUGAACGCUUAAAGCGCUACGCUACUCGGAUGGAGGUAAUCCCAGUUAAGGAUUUGCCCAAGCAGAAAGCGAUGGACGCCUUGAAGAGAUAUCGCAAACAAUUCUGCAAUGAAGAUCUGCCUGCCUCCACUCUCGAGCAUGUUUACAAUGAGGUUGGCGGUCGACUUUCUUUCUUGAACCGAGUAGCCAAAUCUCCCGAUAUCUUGCAGACCUGCCGUGAGAUCUGUCGGGCCGAGAAGACAUGGUUCCUGAACAAGUGUUGGAUUUUAGGCGAGAGCAUGGAUGACGACGUGAUGGAUCAACAGAAGUUCUCUUCUGCCGCAAUGGUUCUGGCUAAAGCUCUCGUCGACCUUGAAAGUGAAAUGGAGCAGACCUACCACCCCGAGACUGGCCACAUCUUGCCUGAAAUCCCGCUACACAAAGCGCGCGAGAUUAUGACCCGUGCCGACUUCAUGCAGGCCUACGAUCAUGAAAACAUUUUCACCAUUGACUCGCGAGCCAUGGUGCGUGCGGAUUCUGUUCCUAUGCAACGUGCAUUCCAGGAGAUUUGCGCCGAUGAAGGAUUUGAUAAACACCUUCAGGGAACUUUGGACCGGAUUGACGACAUCGAAUCUCUCGGCCGUACCCGUGAGUUGACUAUUAAGGACCUCUGGAAUCAGGGCAAGUACCGGGUCGUGGUGAAGGACAACAGGGGCAAUGAGAGCGGAACUGUAGAGUUCUCUGUGGCAGAACGAGAGGAUGAUGAGUAG